AUGGCACCAAUUAUCGUACCAGCGAACCAACCCGAGAAGCGCUUCUACGCAGGCGGGGCACGCAUUUCUGCAUUUCGCUCCGAUCCGCCUUGUUCCUCUCACCAGCCCGAAGAUUGGGUUGCCUCCACGUCAUGUUGCUUUGGGACCGCUGGCAUUGGAUAUAGUCGACUCCCAGACGGGACCUUGCUUACCGACACAGUCGCAGCGGAGCCGGAGAAGUGGCUCGGCGCAGAACACUUGGCUAAAUAUGGAGCUGACACAAAGCUCCUAGUGAAGCUGCUUGAUGCCGGUCAGAGACUCCCCGUGCAUGCGCAUCCUCAUGUGAAUUGGUCCAAGAAACACCUCGGGAGGAAUCACGGCAAAGCAGAAGCCUGGUACAUCUUGACCCCUGGAUCAGUAUGGCUCGGAUUGAAGGACUCGAUUGACGAAAAGGAGUUGCUGGAGCUUGUUGAAGGGAAAAGGGGAACCGAGCUCCUACACCGGAUGCACAAGUUUGAUGUGGUGCCGCAUCAGACACUUUACGUUCCGCCUGGUACAUUGCAUGCCAUCGGAGAAGGCAUCAUGGUAGUGGAGGUACAAGAACCUGAGGACCUCUCCAUCCUCUGCGAAUGGGAAGGAUUCGACAUUGACGGUAAAAAGGAUGGCCAUCUCGGACUCGGUUUCCCAACAGCUCUCACAGCUGUCGAUACGAAAGGUCGCACGAGAGAGGAAGCUGAGAAAUGGGUCACUUCGGACCAGGUCUCGAAGAGUGUUUGUGCCGCAGAAUCGACCGAGUAUUUCCGCCUAGAAAGGAUCCACGUCGAGGGCUCGUCAAGCACAGAACGCGGGCUUGCUAUACUUGUUGUUCUUGAGGGCAACGUGUCGUUAGCGACGGCCAGUUCAAAGCCUUUGAGGCUUCCAAAAGGGUCGACAGUUGUCAUUCCCCAUGAAGAUGGAGAGCUCAGGCUGCAGGGAGAGGCUGACGUCCUCAUCGCUCGGCCGCCUCAGUGA